CGCAAAGCUUGCACUUCCAGCACCGGACGAGAAACAAUUUAAAACUCCAUUUCCUUUUACUCAUUCAACUGGCUGCAGUUCCCUUGACGCAAUACCACAGCUUCAGUAUAAUAAUCGCCAGGUCUCUGGAGUACUUUGUGAUAAUUGUGAUCCCGUCAUCGAGCAUCCGCCAUCUCCCAUCAUAGAGGAGCCUCCACCAUCACCGCCUCUUGAAGCGUUGCAGAUUUUAGACACAGACAUAGAAGAUGCAUUCUACGAAGAUGAUGAAAUUCCUACUAUAAAGCUUGAUUUGAAGCAGUUUGGAAAAAAGUUACAGAAUUUUAUUCAAGAAAAUGAUAUGAAGAUCCCUGAUAAUGAUAUAUCCAAGGCAUUAGUUGAGCUAAGUGCAGAAGCUGCUUCUAUCCAAGCUCGCAAAUUAAAGCAUAUAAGUGGCCUUCGCACUGAGCAUCAUGUAUAUGAGCUUCCAGAUUCACAUCUUCUUCUUGAGGGGAUGGAUCAAAGAGAGCCUGAUGAUCCAUCCCCAUAUCUCCUUGCCAUAUGGACUCCAGGUGAAACUGCGCAGUCAAUAGAGCCGCCACAAUCAUGCUGCGAAAUCCAUGAGACCGGACUACUCUGUGAGAGAGAGACAUGCUUUGCUUGUAAUAGUAGAAGAGAAUUAGAGGCUCAAACUGUCAGAGGAACACUUUUGAUACCAUGUCGAACUGCCAUGAGAGGAAGAUUUCCACUUAAUGGCACUUAUUUUCAAACUAAUGAGGUCUUUGCAGAUCAUGAUUCUAGUCGCAACCCGAUUCAAGUUCCUCGAAGCUGUCUAUGGAAUCUUCCACGAAGGACAGUAUACUUCGGAACGUCAAUAGCUGCAAUAUUUAGAGGUUUCACUGCCACAGAACCCAUUCAGUACUGCUUCUCAAAAGGCUUUGUUUGUGUGAGAGGCUUUGAUAGGACAACAAGAGAACCAAAACCACUCUAUGCUAGGCUUCAUUUGCCCAGAAGCAAAGCACCUCCCAACAAGAAGCCAUGGGUAAGACGAGAGGAAUAAGCAGCCAACCAAACUAAUCAGCUCCUUCAGAUAUAUAUCAUAAUCUUGCAAUUGUUAUUCUAAUCUGACAUUCAUUGUGGCUUUUACAUGAGAAAUUGAUUUAUUUUCAUUUUAAGCUUUAUUUGGUAAAAUUGUGUUGAUGUGUUAUGGCUUCUUAUUUGGUGUGAGUGAAAUAGAUGUUGUUAUAUGAUUGAUAUGGAUCUAGUUUUUCUAUACAUUGUGAUUAUGCUAUGGAAGAGUUAUAUAUGCA